AUGCUGCUUUUAAGUCUAUUUUUGGUUUCGUUGACAUCAAUUCAAGCAGAAAAAACUGUUAAAUAUGCGGCGGUUGUCUUCAGGCACGGCGAUAGAACCCCUGUAAAUCAAUUUCCAACCGAUCCCUAUAACAACCAAUCGCUUUGGCCGGUAAAAUUUGGAGAACUCACGAAUUUGGGUAAAAAACAACAUUACAUGCUGGGCAAAUGGAUAAGAAAACGUUAUUCGAAUUUGAUAUCCAAGCAAUUUGAUCCAUCGGAAGUGUACAUCAGAUCAACAGAUGUUGAUCGGACACUAAUGUCUGCCCAAGCAAAUUUAGCAGGGUUAUAUCCUCCAACUGGAAAAUCUGUAUGGAAUAAAAAUUUGUUGUGGCAACCAAUACCUGUUCAUACAAAGCCGGAAAAAGAAGACGAGCUAUUAGCAAUGAAAAGGAAAUGCAUUCCAUAUAUCAAGGAAAAAGAGAAAUAUGAAGACUCACCCCCUUAUAAAGACAGACUCAGCAAAUAUAAUGAACUUAUGGAUUAUUUGACUGCUUACACGGGAAUGAAAAUCAAAGACUAUACGGACAUUAAUGAUAUAUAUAAUGUCCUCUUUAUUGAGUCUUUAUACAACUUUACUUUGCCUUCGUGGACUCAGUCUGUGUAUCCUGAUAAAAUGAAAGAACCAGCAUGUUACAGUUUCUCUACAGCUGCUGCCACACCUCUAAUGGCUCGUUUACUGGUUGGACCGUUAUUUAAAGAAAUUGUGACAACAAUGGAUAAUGUAAUCGCGAACAAAGAUGAUUCUAUUAAAUUAUCCAUAUAUAGCGGCCAUGAUUUUACAAUAGGUAAUAUUCUUACUGCAUUGGAUGUUUUUGAUGGAAACUGCCCGGCAUACACCUCAACCAUAAUUUUCGAACUUUUGGAAGAUAGCGACACCAAAAAACAUUUCAUCCAGGUAUCUUACAGGAACACUGUUGAAUUAGUUGAACCAAAAAUUUUAGACCUACCACACUGCGGUAAAAUUUGCUCAUACAAAAAAUUCAUUGACUUGUAUGAUAAUCUUAUCACGGUUGACUGGACUCACGAAUGCAACAAAAAGAUGUCGAUAAUGUUUGCUAUUGCAUUCUUUGCUUCUGUGUUCACUGUCUUGUAUUUCGUCCACAAGACUCACUUUGAAAGGAUUACUAACCAACACAGAAACAAACUUCAAGUUCAUCAGUAA